AUGUUUCAGCCUACUUCUUUUGAAAAUCGAAAGCUCGCGAAGGCUGAGGAAAUAAUCGCUUAUCGAUUUACGAACCGGCUUGGACUUCAACGAGCAUUACAGCUAGCAGAUAGUAUCCACCCGAAUGGGAACAAAGAUCUAGCUCUACUUGGUGAUACUGUCAUCAAGUUGAUCCUUGUCAAGGAGGGCCUUUGUCGACAUGCGACCCGUGGUCAGAUAAACAAUGUUAUAUCGGAGAAAUCAUCCAACGCCUAUCUUGCGCAGCGAGGCUUCUCCAAAGGCCUAGCAGAAUGUGUAUUUGCCAAUCGAUCCCAGGGGAACACAAUCUACCCGGGCCCUAUGGCCUCCACAGUUGAGGCUAUCGUCGGGGCUGUCUUCAAUGAUAGUGAAGAGAAGACGACAGUUGUCAAAGGAGUCAUGGAAGCUUUGGGCUUACUCCCCGUGAGGGCCUACGGAUGCUCCUCUGCUACGGCGACCCAACGUGACGCAGUAACUUCGGACGACUCGACGGAGAGCGAGGAUUUGAACGCUGCCAAACUUGUGAAAGAGCUCGCCAAACUCAGGAGAGAGGUCAGACGACGAGAUGAUUUGCACAAGGAAGAGAAAGCCAAAGAAGAAUUCGGUGCUGCCGUCGCGGAAGUUCGACACGAUCUACAGACCUUGACAAAUAGUAAGAACAAAGCGCAAAAAGCACAUCCUACGAUGGCCACCAUUUCCAUUUCUGCCCCCGGCGCGAGUGGCUUUCUCUAUAAUUCCGGCCAUAAUACGGCUCGGUUGUGCGUGACGGCUGAGACGCCGGAUUUCGACACCUCCUUGUUACGCCGCUGGCAGGAUGAGGGCCUCGAUGUGCAGUACGUGCCGUUUAACGGCGGAGGAAAGGACUACAUCCUGCGAUUGAAGUCCGUGAAGGAGGGGUUGGGAGUCGGGGAGAACUAUGCCAUUGUUGCGUUCGGCGACGCCGCCUCCUUCUGUCUGGACUACUACAUCAAACCCACCACCUCGAGUCGUCUCUGCGCGCUCGUCGCAUACUACCCGACCAACAUCCCCGACCCGCGGAUGCGCUUCCCUCCGACGCUGCGCGUCAUGACGCAUCUGGCCGGCAGCACGGUCGACGUCACGACCACCCCGACCAUGCUGGGUGUGCAGGGCAAGAGACGGACGACGACGCGACAGAUCAACCCCGGCAUUGGCACCGGCGAGCGCCUGAACAUCGGCCACCUGGCGUAUACGUACAAGCACGCGCAGCCGGGAUUCGCCGAGACGGACCUGGACGAGUAUGAUCGGCUGGCUAGCGAGUUGGCCUGGAGUCGCACGCUGCAGAUCCUGAGGAAGGGAUUCGGCAAGGAUCCAGACAUUGAGGAGAAAUGGGAGGAACACUUGGAAGCGAAAUUCUUCUCCAUGAACCUCUCCGACACAAUGGCUGCGUAUACCAACAAAUCCGCUCCCACGGUGACCUACACGCCCACUGUAAGCGGUGGAAUCGGCACCCACGCCCUGCGCCGCUUCUACGAGCACCACUUCCUGCAAAAGCUACCGCCAUCGAUGCGUCUGCGCUUGAUUUCUCGCACGCAAGGCACCGAUCGCGUCGUGGACGAGCUCUUCGUGGCAUUCGAGCACACGCACGAGAUUCCCUGGAUGUUGCCCGGGGUGCCGCCCACCAACAAGCGCGUGGAGAUCGUGAUUGUCAGCAUCGUGAGUCUCUGCGCCGGCAAGCUCUACUCUGAGCACGUGUAUUGGGACCAGGCCAGCGUGCUGGUGCAGGUGGGCUUGCUGGAUCCGAAACUUGUCCCGCAGGGCGCGUCGCCGUCCGUGGAUCGGUUGCCCGUCGUGGGCCGGGAAGCGGCGCGACGAAUGCUGCAGGAAGAUCCAGAGAUUGACGGCAAGGACUUCCAUAAUCGGUUGAUUCGCAGGGCGCGGGCCAAGGCCAAGGGGAAGGACGGCGAGCCGCAGACCCCGGCGGUCGAGGAGUCCGGCGCUGAGGGCAAGAGUGAGUUGGAUACGCCGUUGAAGGAGCCCAAGGGGAAGGGCAAGGCGGUGCAGCAGGAGUCGCGUCAAGCUUGGCCGCAGCUAGAUACUGAAGCUGAGGGCGAAGAGGCCGAGGACGGUCAGAAUGGAGAUGGUCAGAAUGGACACGCGGAUGAAAAUAAGGGCACUGCCUCUGUGGAAGAUGUUCAGGAUGAGGAUGAUUAA